CAACGGCAGACAUCUUCAGUUUCCCCCACCUUUCUCUCCCAUUCUUUAUGUCUUUUUCCAUGCCCACCAUGAUUACCUCUUUCUGCUUCUCGUGACUAAAGUUAACCAUCUUCAUCAUCAUCACUCUUUCCCAAACCCCAGUCAGUAGUACAACAUUCCUUUCUCUGAUCAUCAUAUCAUGAAUGUAUACCAAUCAUCAGUAGCACAGUUUUCAAUCAACACACCAAUAUAUAAUGAAAUUUGACUCCAUGAUGAUCCGUAUCUUCUUUACAUUAUUGAGUAUCACCAGCGCGGGCGCCGUCGUCGCCGGCGACGAUGGAUCCUUGCAGCUCAAUGACGACGUUUUAGGCCUCAUCGUCUUCAAAUCCGGCAUCCAUGACCGGUCAUUGGACCUUGCUGGGUGGACCGAAGACGACAACACUCCCUGUGGUUGGAAGUUCGUCCAAUGCAAUACUGCGAACGGCCGAGUCUACCGGCUCUCACUCGACGGUUUGGGCCUGUCGGGGAAGAUCGGCCGGGGGCUGGAGAAAUUACAGUACCUCGAAGUUUUAUCAUUGUCCGGCAACAACUUAAGCGGCGGCAUUCCUCCGCAGUUAGGCCUUUUGCCCCAUCUGAAAAUGCUUAACCUAAGCAAAAACAGUCUCUCUGGGAGUAUACCUCUGUCUUUGAGUACAAAAACUACCUCUAUGCGAUUCCUCGAUCUUUCCCGGAACCGGCUGUCAGGACCUGUGUAUGAUAACAUGCUAGAAAAUUGGAAUUCGCUCCGGUUUUUGUCUCUGGCAGAGAACCAUCUAGAAGGCCCGGUGCCAAGCACACUGUCUAAAUGCACACUUCUGAACCAUCUCAACCUGUCAAAUAACCAUUUCUCAGGAGAACUUAAUAUGAGGUUUUCUGGUGCGGUUUGGGGAGGGCUGGAAAGGCUAAGGAGUUUGGACCUUUCGAACAAUGAGUUUUUUGGGCAACUCCCGCCAUUGCCACACAAUCUGAAGGAGCUGUUUCUACAGGGAAAUAAACUGUCCGGUGAAAUUCCAAUUGAUUUGUUAUUAGGAUUUUACUGCCCACAUCUCAUCAGGCUUGAUUUGAGUGGGAACCUCUUCACAGGUACACUCCCAUCUCUUAAAAGGCUUAAUAACUCACUCUCGUAUCUAAGCCUGUCGAAUAACCUCCUUGAUGGGGAUUUCCCUGAAUGGAUUGGGAAAAUGUCUAGCUUGGAAUAUCUUGAUCUUUCCAGGAAUGGCUUGAGAGGAUCAAUCCCAGAUUCAAUAGGAGGGUUGAAAAUGUUGAAACAUUUAAGCCUUAAUGAUAACAAGUUAACUGGUGAGAUUCCAAAUUCACUAGUUUCUUGCACUGCUUUGACUGUGCUUCGGUUAAGAGGGAAUAAGCUGACAGGUUCUAUACCUGAGGGGCUCUUUGGGGUAGGACUGGUAUUGUUAGAUUUAUCAGGAAACAGUCUCAACGGUUCGAUCCCACCUGGUUCGGGGAAGCUGAUUGAGUCUCUCCAAGUGAUGGACCUAUCAGUGAACAAUCUCACUGGAGAUAUUCCCCCAGAAAUGGGACUCUUAUCCAGCCUCAGAUAUUUGAAUCUUUCUUGGAAUGAUUUUCACUCGAGAUUGAUACCUGAAGUCGGGUACUCCCAGAGCCUGAUCGUGCUUGAUCUUCGAAACAGUGCAUUAACAGGAUCCAUCCCGGGUGAUGUUUGUGAGUCCGGCAGCCUCAAGAUUCUUCAGCUUGAUGGGAAUUCAUUGACGGGCAGUAUUCCUGACGAGAUAGGAAAUUGCUCCUCUCUCUACUUGCUGAGCUUGUCACACAACAAUAUAAGUGGGACCAUACCGAGGUCCCUUUCAAUGCUGUCAAAACUCAUGAUUCUGAAGCUCGAAGUUAACCAACUCAGUGGAGAAAUACCAAUGCAGCUUGGGAAACUGAAAAACCUUCUAGCAGUCAAUGUAUCCCACAACAGGCUCAUUGGACAGCUUCCGUCUGGGAGUAUAUUCCAGAAUUUAGACUCAAGUGCAAUAGAGGAUAAUCUUGGGAUUUGUUCAUCCUUAUUGAAAGGACCGUGUAAGACACAUGCAGAAAAGCCAUUAGUGAUCAAUCCGUUUGAAUAUGCAAAUCAGACGGAUAAUGAUGAUGUUUAUUAUGAUGGUCAGGGGCAUGGAGACAAGCCUUUGGGGUCACCAGGGCAACAUAAAUUCCUUAGUGUUUCAGCCAUUUUAGCCAUCUCAGCGGCAGCUAUCAUCGCGGUAGGUGUGAUGGUUGUGACCGUAGCAAACGCCACAGUUAAGAGAAGGAUUUCUUUAGCUGAGAACGGGAUGGAAAGCAUGUGCUCGGAUUCUUCAAGGUCCCACCACAGCAUGGCCACCGGACAGCUGAUACUAUUCGGCUCAAAAUCGUCCCCUGAUCAAAUAGACAACAACAGCUUUGAAUCGGUUCUUAGAAGUUCAAUUGAAGUCGGGGAAGGAGUCUUCGGGACAGUUUACAAGGCCCCGCUAGAAGGUGAAGGGAAAAAAGUUAUAGCAAUAAAAAAGCUCACAGCAUCAAAAUUCGUAUUGCAGCAUCCAGAGGAGUUCGAUCGGGAGGUUCGGGCCUUGGGCAAUGCCAGGCACCCAAAUUUGAUUCCCUUGAGAGGGUACUACUGGACACCCCAUCUGCAGCUUCUGGUCUCGGAUUUUGUGACGGGUGGGAACUUAGAAUCCAAGCUCCGCCCCGAAAUGGCAGGUCGUCUGAUGACAUGGCCGGUCCGGUUUAAGAUCAUGGAAGGAACAGCAAAGGGACUGGCCCACUUGCACCAUUCAUGUCAACCCCCGAUCGUGCACUACAACGUGAAGCCCAGCAACAUCCUAUUGGAUGAGAACCUCAACCCGAGAAUCUCAGAUUUCGGCCUGGCGAGGCUCGUAACAAAGCUGGACGUGCAUGUGAUGAGCAAUAGGUUGCAUGACACGAUAGGCUAUGUGGCUCCAGAGCUCACACGCCAGAACCUUAAGGUGAGCGAGAAGUGCGAUGUGUACGGGUUCGGGAUGCUGGUGCUCGAGUUAGUUACUGGUAGACGGCCUGUGGAGUACUACGGGGAGGACACAGUUGUGGUUCUGAAUGAUCACGUGAGGGUGUUGCUUGAGCAAGGGAAUGUGUUGGAUUGCGUGGACCCAAGCAUGGGUGGGUCAUACCCAGUUGAAGAAGUGUUGCCCGUUUUGAAGCUCGCAUUGGUAUGCACGUCUCACAUACCGUCCAGCAGGCCUUCAAUGGCCGAUGUGGUGCAGAUCUUGCAGGUCAUCAUAACCCCUAUUCCAGCACAGAGUUGAAGCAUCAAAGUCUGGCAGGCGCACAUCCAAAUAACUGAACAUAAUUUUCCUUUUUUUCUGGGCAUUUAUUAUUUAUUUGUACAAUUUCAUAUUUGCAUCAUCAUAAUUAGUCCAUUGCUCUGUCAAUAUGUAUCCACUCCAUUGGUUGAAAUUGGCAUUCACGCAUACCAGCAGAUAAACUCAUACACAUUCCCCUUGACAGUUAUAUUACUUUAUCGGCUAUGAUCAAUUGAUAUAAAGUAAAUAAAUAUAGACAUAGUGCUAG